AUGGCAGCCCACAAGUCGUCCGCGCCGCCCUCAAUUCCCGGCUUCCAGCUUUCCAACGAGGAUGCCGCACCACUGAAGCACCAGGUCGCUGCACUGAUCCAACGCGAGGGAAACACGCGAUUUCCAGGCGCGCAACCCGUGUCUUUUGCGCGCCAGCAUGUUGCCGAGCUACAGCAACGAGAAUACUUCAUGUGCGAGAAGACCGACGGCUUGCGCUGCUUGCUAUUCUUCAACUAUGUCGAAUCGGAACAGGGCUCAUUUGAACCCGUCACAUUCCUCAUCGAUCGCAAGAACAACUACUACGAGGUCAAGCCGCCAAUCCGGGUGCCCUACCACGGCGCUCUGUUCCAACCAGAGGCAUUUCUAUAUGCGACCAUUCUGGACGGCGAGCUGGUGAACGAUCUGUACCCAGAUGGGUCUACCAAGCUUAUUUUCUACGCUUUCGACUGUCUAGCCGCAGACAGCGAGAACUACACCGAUAAGCCGCUGUCGAAGCGCCUGUGGGCUCUGAAAGAGCGCGUGAUCAAGCCAUGGCAUACAUACCUGACGCAGACCAAAUCGCUCAUGCCGCUGGUGCCGUUCCAAGUCAAGGAGAAGGAGCAGCAGUCUGCUUACCACAUCUCAUAUGUUUUCGACCAGGUGAUGCCGAAGCUAAAGCACGGGAACGAUGGGUUGAUCUUCACAUGCAAGGACACAAAGUACGAGUUUGGCACAGAUCCCCACAUACUGAAGUGGAAGCCUCCCCAUGAGAAUACCAUUGACUUCAAGCUGCGCCUCGGCGAGUUUCCCAUGGUCGAUGCCUCCCCAGAAGACGACGACCAGUCGCCCUACCCAGACUACGAUGCCAUGCCGACAAAGUUUGAACUUCUGGUUAACCACGGGAACAACCGAUAUCGGCCAUUCUCGCACCGUCUAUCCAUCACGCCGCAGGACUGGGAGAUGCUCAAGGGCUUGAAGCAGCGGCUAGACGGCAGGAUCAUAGAGUGCUACCGCGACACAGACGGACGGUGGAAGUUCAAGAAGGACGACGACGGCACGCCGCGCUGGCGAGACGACAAGGCAGAUGCGAACCACGUCUCCACUGUGGAGAGCGUGCUUGGCAGUAUCGAGGAUCCCGUCACAGAGCAAGACCUGCGUAGCUCCGAGGGCGCGAUUAAGAAAGCCGUCAAGCAGAUGCAUGCGGGCGGGCAGUACCAGGAGCCAGAGCACUCAAACAAAAGGCGCCGCAUCGAGGACGUAAACGGACACUAG